GAUGUUUAAUAGAGACGAGGAGAUGUACUGCGAAACUCUGCUAGAGUGCUCUAUUGCCGUAUUCAGAUACGGGUUAAUUGGAAAUUACGACGAUAAAUUUACUACAAUCGACAACUACAAGACGUUUGCCAAUUGGUCAGCUUUGGGAGCAUUUCAGAUAGCAUUUAACGUUCUCGUAUCUGUUAUUCUAUUGAAUGUUGUCUUUGGUAUUAUAGUAGAUACUUUCUCCGAAAUUCGAAACAAAAAGUGGGAUGCUGAAAGAGACAUGAGGGACAGUUGUUUUCUAUGCAGUCGGGAUAGUUUUGAGUUUGAUCGAACAAAAACGGGGUUCUUAUAUCACGUUGGAAAAGAGCAUAAUAUGUGGGAUUAUAUACAAUAUUUCGUGUAUCUUAAUGAUACCAGAUCGAAACAUUAUUUUGCGUUGGACUUGUAUGCUUUCAGAGAGUUGAAAGCAGAUUCUAUCGACUUCCUACCUCUUGACAGAGCUUUAUGCCUUUCGAAUUUUGAUGAAGAAGGAUCCGAUUCGAGAAUUGAUCAAGUUUUGGCGAAUGUUACGCUCAUUCGCGAGAGGCAGAAGAAACAAGCUAUAAAGGCUCGUUUAAGGGAAGAAGAUGAGAGAAUGCUCAUGUUUCAAAAAAUAUUUAUGGAUUAUAAGAAAGCUAUUGAUCUGGAAUCGGUACAAACCGAAUCUAUAGACGUUGCUAUGUCCGAGUCCAUAAUUACUGAUUCGGAAGUGUAG